AUGCCACAAGAUUUACGACCUUGGUGGCAAACUGCCAUCGGUUAUCAAAUAUGGCCGGCGUCUUUCAAAGAUUCGAACAGUGAUGGCAUAGGCGAUCUCAAUGGAGUUCUCAGCAAGCUCGACUACCUCCGAUCACUGGAAGUCGAUCUCAUCUGGUUUUCUCCUGUCUAUGAUUCGCCCAACAGAGACAUGGGAUAUGAUGUCUCUGAUUACGAAUCCAUUCACCCACAGUAUGGCACCAUUGCCGACAUGGAAAACCUCAUCAAAGAGGCCAAGAAACGUAACAUCAAAAUUGUCAUGGAUAUGGUCACAAAUCAUUCGUCUGACCAACACCGCUGGUUCUUGGAGAGUUGCAAAUCUCGGUCAGGGCCAUAUAGUGACUUUUACAUCUGGCGGGAUCCAAAAUACGAUAGCGAAGGUAACCGACAACCACCAAAUAAUUGGCGCACUGGGUCACGAUAUGGAAAAAGUACAUGGAAGUACGUCGAAGCAAGAGAUCAGUACUAUUUCUGCUUUGGAACUACUUAUCAGCCUAACUUGAAUUGGUUCUGCGACGAUUUGAGACGCGCAAUAUACGACAGCGCGGUGAAAUUUUGGUUGGACAGAGGUGUCGAUGGGUUCAGGAUGGAUUUGGUCGGGUUAUACUGGAAAGAUCCAACCUUUCCUGAUGCAAAAGAAGUUUAUCCUGGAGAGGCGCUGCAACCGCUUGACGGAUCGCGGUGUUUGAAUGGCGAAGAAGUGCAUGUCUGGUUAAAGGAGUUGAAGGAAAGAAUCACGCAAGACUUUGGACAGGACAUCGUGUUGAUUGGGGAGCUCCCCUCGACUGACCGGGAGACAUUCCUACGAUACAUAUCUCCUGAAUCGAGAGAACUAGAGAUGGCUCUCGAUACAGACAUCUUCAUCGUGGGAAAUGAAUGGACAGAUGGUCUGUACGAGCUCAAAAAGCCAGAGCUACCGCUAUUCAAAGAUGCCGUCCUGAAGACGCAGAGCCUUCUUGACGAUGGAGGCUGGCCUACUGCAUUCCUCGAGAAUCAUGAUUUCGCUCGCAGUGUAUCCCGUUUUGGGCCAGGUGAGGGGACCUAUCGCGAAGCUGCCGCAAGGAUGCUUGCUCUCAUGGCUGCAACACUUUCCGGAACCUUUUUCAUCUACCAGGGUCAAGAAAUUGGAAUGACCAACGUCCCAUCACAUUGGAGGCGAGAUGACUUCAAAGAUAACGCCGACCUCGAACACAUCGAAGAUAUUGAUCCAAUCAAAGACGCUGAGGCGGUGGAGAAAUCCGUUGAUGCGCUUACCACAUGGGGGCGAGAUAAUGGAAGAACGCCAGUCCAGUGGUCAGACAAAGAUCAUGCCGGGUUUAGCGACGUGAAACCCUGGAUUAGGGUCAUCGACAACUACACUUACAUAAACGUCGAAGAGCAACUUGGAAACCCGAACAGCAUACGUUCUUUCUGGGUAAAGAUGAUGAAGAUGAGGAAAGAGAUGUAUGAUGUGUUAGCCUGCGGGCAUUUUCGUCUCGUUGACAGGGACAACCUCAGUGUGUUCUCGUAUACGAAAACAAGUGCUGAUGGAAAGACCGAGAUGCUAGUGGUAUUGAACUUUUCGAGCGAGGAGGCUCGGGCUCCGAGGCAAAUCGGGAAAGAUCUAAUGCAUCUCGUUUGCACGACAGCUGCGAUGUCGACGAAGACUAGCUUAGAUGAAGUCACAUUGCAGCCAUGGGAGGGUCGCUUGUAUCGACUGGCACCAAAGUUGUAG